UGUUGUUGUCCAGUUUUGAAGCCCUCUGUUCUGGCAUCCUGCACCCCUCCACUCUCCUUUUCUUGCUUUCUUUUUCCUCCUUCCACACACUCCCUGCAGAGUGGGACUCUUCUUCGGCGGGGUCGCUGUCAAGUCUGCGGCAUCAGUUUUUUUGGAGGCUCCACAGAAGCCAGAAACCAUGCUGACGUUUUUGGCGCUGGCGUCGGUUGUCCUCCUGGGAAUAGUGCCUGAGCAGUCCCAGGCCAUAGUGAUUUACACCGGCUGGGAGCGCCAUGCCCUGGUGGGCUCGGACAUCCGGUUGUCCUGCUCCUUCUUCUCCUGGCGCUGGACCUCGGAGGACGUCACCUUCUCCUGGACAUACAGGCCAGACGGUUCCCGGGACAGCAUUUCUAUCUUCCACUACACUGGUGGAGUAGCUUAUCUUGACAACAAAGGCCCUUUCAAGGACAGGCUGGAGUUUGUGGGCAACCCAAACCGCCGUGAUGGCUCCAUUCUGCUCAAAAACCUGGAGUUCAGCGAUAACGGCACCUUCACCUGUGAUGCUAAGAACCCCCCUGACAUUGUGGGGCGGCCCUCCAGCGUACGCCUGCUGGUGUUUGAGAAAGUACCUAUCCAGGCUGGUGUGAUCACAGGAGCCAUCAUUGGGGUGGUGCUGGGCCUGCUGGUGCUCAUUGUGGUCAUCUACUACCUGAUGAGGUUCCUGGUGGCACGCCGCGUCUUCAGCCUCAACGUCAGCAAACAUGGCAAGAAAAAGAAAGAGGGAUCACAGCAGAGACAGGGCCCCGCUCCUCCCGCCGACCCAUCCAAGGUGAAGGCGGCCACCUCGGAAAAGAAGAAGCAGGAGUCGCGCAAGGAUAAGAAAUAGGAUACGGGGACGGGCUGGAGCGGGCUCGCCAGCCGGCUGCUCCAGCCCGUGCGGCAGGCGGUGGCGGCAAAGGCCCAGCCGAAGCAGCAGAAGUCACCGCAGCAAACCAUACUCAAACAGACAGAAAGGGUGGGGGGAGGUGGGGAGGAGGGCUCAGGCAGGGUACUGAUGACCAUUGAGCUGGAGCUGACUGGCAAAAAUGGGGAGGAGGCCAGUGUUGAGGGAGGUACGGGGAGGUCUAAGCCGCUUGGCCUCCUCUCCCGCCUCGCCAAUCAGCUCACCUUCAAAUAACAGACCGCCAUGGGGGAAGGGGAAUGGAGCCAUCGAGGAUAAGAGGGUGGGAAGUCUACCAAGGAAACAGCAGGAGAGUUAAACCAUAAACCUACUUCACACCCACCACAAUGCCAACCUGAGUCCCUGAAUAAAUGAGUCAAACCAUAUCUGCUCUUGUCACCAACUGUAGACGCAGCUACUGUAUGUGGGCCGAGAUCUAAGAUGUCGAGAUAAUCUCUUACAGCAGCCGGCACCCAAACACUUUUGUUAGGUCAUAAGAUAUGCCAUUUGAAGCGAGACCCUAAGACGUCUGGGUUUGAUAACAAAAUCUAAAAAGCUGCUCCCUGGGUUUUGCCUCUCUGGUUCCUUUCAUUGUGAUCCUAUCCACCGAAAAAGCCUUCUCUAAGUGUGCCCGAUACGCAUCACAAGUCCCUGGCUGCAGGGACAAGCCAAUUUGCUUUUUUUCAGAGGCGAUGUGUCAAACUCCAGCUUUCUCCCCUCACAGUGAUCAUUCUUUUUUCCUCUCUUAUUCCAUUUCUUCCUCCCUUUCAGUGUGAAUUUCCUGACUUUCUUGUUAAUUCAUAUUCCAGAAGUGAUUAUAUGCUAACUGCUCUAUCCUGUUUCUCUUCCUUUCUCACUUCCCUUCCCUUCUUUUCUUCCUCCUGUAGAUAAAGGUCUGACUUCUCCAUGACUGCCUUCACUCCUCUAGUCUGCUCCCUCCUUUUCCGCCCAGCCUGAUGCAACCCCCAUUAUUUCCCAUUAUCUCUACUCUUUCAAGGCAGCACUGGCUGUAAGAAUUGUCCUACUAUAUCACUGGCAACAGUGUCAAAUAAUUUUUACAACGCCUCAUCGGAGACCCUGUAUGCGCUCAUUGGGCAAACUGUAAAAGUGUUUAAGGCCUAACUAUGCACAUAACUUCCUUAAGAGGAACCAGAAAGACAUCCCUGUGUGUUUAGACUUCCUUGAAUCUUCCUCCUUAAUGUUUAUGACUCAAUCACACACACUGAGCGGAGCUGUGAGCGCACACUGGACUUCAGAUAGAGGAAAACAGAGAGGGAGAGUGAUAGUUAGAGAGAAAUAUGAUUCCUGCUCUCAGCCAGCGUAGAUAGAAGUUCAAGCCCCGGAGCUCGGAGGUGAUUCAAUCCUCUCACAUUUGAGCUAAUGGAGGUUGUCGCUGUGUCCCUGCCCAGUCUAAAGGGGGCUAUUUCUGGCCCUAUAAGAACAUAUGGGCUUACUGUAACAGCUGCACAUUUUUCAGCCAACAGAGGAGGGGGUGUGGGGGGGAGAGAGAAGCAAACUUCUCUGCUGUUUGUGCCUGAGUGGAUGAGGCUGUCUGCUGCUGACUUGAUGGCCAACGACUGACGACCUGGAAUGACGUCAAGGCCUCCGAGUGCUUGCGGACACUGUCUGAAGUUUGACGUAAGGGUUAACUGGGAAGAGGUGCAGCUUCUGGGUUAUUUUAGAUCCAGUUAAUCUGCUAGCACGUUUCUCCUAGACAACCCAGGGCUAAUUAUUUUGCUGUGUGCUGGUAACAAGAUAUCUCUCGCCACAUCUCCCUCCCUGCUGCCUUUACUGUCUUCAGCUCCUCUGUUAUUCACUCUUCAUCUCUGACCCCAUCUUGGGAAUCAUCUUCUCCCUUUAAAACCCCCCAGUUUCGUUCUCUCUGGCCUUACGUCUUUGGCUUCCUUUAUCUCUUCCUCUUCUGUCCGUCUACUGAGUCUGCACUGCAUUAUUCCCCCACAGAAAAGGCCUAUACACAAUCCAAUCCAGUCUUUAAGCCUCUCCUUAUCUGACUGCCAGGCCUACAGCUCAAUGCUCUGCUUCUCUCUAUUCUGUCCUUCCACUUCUUCUUCCUCUUUACUUUGCUCUUUUUCAAACUUGGUGGCAGACACCUCUCUCCCCACCCUCCGUCUUUGCCAAUGAUCGACAAACGCCCUCGCGCUUGCCCUUCAAAUAUUCCUGAGGCAUUUCAUUUCUCCAGCCUGCCUUCCCUCCUUCUACAUCCCUUUACUGUCUUGUUUCUGCUGGUUCAAACUCCAAAACGCUCUCCUCUGCACCCUACUGGCAGAGGAAAGUCUGCACUGAAGACGCCAAAUGGAAACUUAAAAUCUAGCUAGCUCUCUUCCAGUUGCAAAUACGAUGCAUGUUUUAUGUAUAUGUGUUUCGAGUUUAAGUGUUUUAAAAAAAUGAGAAUUGAUACAAAGCUAAAAAAAUAGCAUUAUGUCACCUUAAGUAAGGCAAAUAAUGGUUUUUGAGACAUUUUUUACAUGUGUACAAGUAAACACAUGGAGAACAUGUUUACCAAGGCAGAAAAGAAAUCUGAUUGCAUUCUUUGGAUUCUGCCAUUACAUUUCUGACCUUGUGUGUUAUGGAAGGUACUGUGUGGCUGUCUCUUGGGUGCAUUUUGUUCCGAGAUGGAGGAAAAUUGAGGUUGUCAUGCAGAGAAAAGAGGAGGGGUAAGUCUUGGAUUCAGCAUGAUGUGGCUGGGGAAAAAAAAAAAAAAAAAAAAAAACAUGGGGGAAGGUGCUUGCUGUGGGAGAAAGCUUUGGAAGAAGAGACUUAUGUGGUGUGUUAAGCCCAGCCAAAAAUCCAUAUGUAUCACUACAGAUAGUCGUUCCUGAGAGCUUUCUUUUAAAGGUGCACCUUCCCCAACCCUGAGCCAAAGCUGGGUUGCGAUCUGCAAGCUUGAUGUACAGGGUGGAUAGUGAAGACUUGAAUGUUCCUUUAAAAUUCAGAACAGGAAUGGAGGUGCUAAAAUCCACAUCUUUAUAACUGGACAUCUGUUUCACUAGUCGCUGUUUAACUAUCCAGUCAAAUGGAUUAGUUUGAAUGUUUUCUUCUUUUUCAGCAAAGCCACACAGACACCUGACAUAAGACAAACAGCAUUAAAAUGCCUUUUAAAAUGUUUUCUUUGUAUGUAUUAUGAACUGUAUUAGUCAUAGUUGCACAUUAACACUCCUUUAUUUGAAAUGACUGGAGCUUCUUACAUUUCUUUUUUACAUUUAUUUUAAUGCUUGUGAUAAUUUCAGAGCAAUAAUAACUUCUGUUGACUCUGUAUAAUAUGUUGUAAAGAGAACGUAAAUAAAAAUAAAAAGCCGCAAGCCCAGCUGUUGUCAACAGAAGGCGAAGUAAACCCA